GCCAUGACUAAGAGAGAGGCAGAGGAGCUGAUAGAAAUAGAAAUCGAUGGAACUGAGAAACAGGAAUGCACUGAAGAAAGCAUCGUUGAGCAAACCUACACCACAGCAGAAUUUGUGAGUCAAGCUAUUGACAUCAAUGAACCAAUUGGAAAUCUUAAGAAGUUGCUGGAACCCAGACUGCAGUGUUCCUUAGAUGCACAUGAAAUAUGCCUGCAAGAUAUCCAGCUGGACCCAGAUCGAAGCCUUUUUGAUCAAGGAGUAAAAACAGAUGGAACAGUGCAACUCAGUGUACAAGUAAUAUCUAGGCAAGGGAUAGAGCCCAAGUUAAACAUCCUUGAAAUUGUGAAGCCUGUGGAGACUGUGGAGGUAGUGAUUGAUCCAGAUGCUCAUCAUGCAGAGGCUGAAGCUCACCUUGUUGAGGAAGCUCAAGUGAUAACCUUGGAUGGAACAAAACAUAUUACAACAAUUUCAGAUGAGACCUCUGAACAAGUGACACGAUGGGCUGCAGCGUUGGAAGGCUACCGAAAGGAGCAGGAGCGCCUUGGAAUACCCUAUGACCCAGUGCAGUGGUCGACAGACCAGGUGCUUCACUGGGUGGUGUGGGUGAUGAAGGAGUUCAGCAUGACUGACAUUGACCUCAAUGCACUCAGUAUUCCUGGGCGGGAGCUCUGCAGCCUCAGUCAAGAAGACUUUUUCCAACGCGUCCCACGGGGAGAAAUCCUCUGGAGCCAUUUGGAGCUUCUUCGAAAGUAUGUGUUGGCUAGCCAAGAACACUCUGGAGAAAUAGCAACUGUUACUAUUGAUCAGCCUGUGCAGAUUAUUCCAGCAUCUGUACAGCCUGCUACCCCAACCACCAUUAAAGUAAUAAACAGCAGUGCAAAGGCAGCUAAAGUACAGAGAGCUCCAAGGAUCUCUGGGGAAGAUAGAAGUUCCCCUGGGAAUAGAACAGGAAACAAUGGCCAGAUCCAGUUGUGGCAGUUUUUAUUAGAACUUCUCACUGACAAAGAUGCUCGGGACUGUAUUUCUUGGGUUGGUGAUGAAGGAGAGUUUAAACUGAAUCAACCUGAACUGGUUGCACAAAAAUGGGGACAGCGCAAAAACAAACCCACAAUGAACUAUGAGAAGCUUAGUCGGGCUUUGAGGUAUUACUAUGAUGGAGACAUGAUCUGCAAAGUACAAGGCAAGAGGUUUGUGUACAAAUUUGUCUGCGACUUGAAAACUCUCAUCGGAUACAGUGCAGCAGAGUUGAAUCGGUUGGUCACAGAAUGUGAGCAGAAGAAACUAGCCAAGAUGCAGCUCCAUGGUAUUGCACAGCCAGUUACCGCGGUGGCGCUAGCUACAGCAUCCUUGCAAACAGAGAAAGAUAAUUAAGCAGUAGGACCUGAAAGUGGGAGCCUGAGGCCUUUCCGAUAUAACCAGCGCAGCUGCUGCUCUUUCCUUUAUCAGAGUUGGAAACUUCUUUUGUUUCCUGACAGUACAAUAUAGCGCAUGAUUUUCUACAAAGAACUGGGACUCACAUAAAUUUGGAUCUUUUAACAGCGUAUAUUUCAGUAUAAGUUAAGGGAUCACCACAACAUCUGCAGCUUUGAGUCAGGGCCUCUGUGGUAUGCGAUCUGAAAUUGGUGAGGAAGGUCAAAGUGGUCAACACUCUGCGUCCACAGCUGUACAAAAAAAUUUUUGCAGCGCUUUUU